CGGAGCGGCCGGCUCGGCUCCUCGGUUGCGGCUCCAGCUCGGGCCGGCGCCCGGCGCGCCCCUCCUGGAGGAGGAGGAGGAGGAGGAGGAAGGAGGCGGGAGGAGGAGUUGCGGGAAGGAGGGCCGAGCGCGGCAGUCGCGCCGGCGCUGGGCGAGGAAGCGGAGCGGGCGGCCGCCGGGGCAUCACACUUGGAGACUAUGUUUGGGGAGCGGUGGCUAUCCCAUUGUCCUUGGGAGCCGACUCUUGAGUAGUAGAGGAGAAGGAAAGAAGAAAAGACCACAUCUCUCUGAAGGCCUGGGAGACCAAGUUUCCUGAGCAUCAGUAAACCCUGCAAGCGUCGCUAUGCCGUCCUGAAAUCUUCCAACAGAAAAUGGCUCCAAAGGGUAAAUGAAGCGGGAAAAAUACAUAGAUGCAGCCUCUCCAGAUGUUCGAGGAUAAUAUUCCAGAGAGAAGUUGAUUCCCUUGGAUUAGGUAACUAGUCAGAAUGAAGAAGAUUAGUCUUAAAACCUUCCGGAAAUCUUUCAACUUGAAUAAAAGUAAAGAAGAAGCGGAUUUUAUGGUUGUACAACAACCAUCACUAGCCAGUGACUUUGGAAAAGAGGAUUCCUUAUUUGGUAGCUGCUAUGGGAAGGAUAUAGCCAGCUGUGAUCUCAACAGUGAAGAUGAAAAAGGCGGGAAGAGUAGAUCAAAAAGUGAAAGCCUAAUGGGUACGUUGAAAAGACGGCUCUCUGCGAAACAGAAGCCGAAGGGCAAGGGCGGCGCGCCCUCCGGGGGCUCCGCGGACGAGGACACCUUCUCCUCCUCCUCGGCCCCCAUCGUCUUCAAGGAUGUGAGGGCGCAGAGGCCCAUGAGGUCCACCUCCCUGCGCAGCCACCACUACAGCCCCACGCCGUGGCCCCUGCGCCCCACCACGUCGGAGGAGACGUGCAUCAAGAUGGAGGUGAGGGUCAAGGCCCUGGUCCACUCGCCCGGCCCGGGCCCGGCCCUGAACGGCGUGCGCAAGGACUUCCACGACCUCCAGGCCGACACCGCGUGCCAAGAACAGACGAACUCGCUCAGGAGUUCCGAGUCUCAGGAUGGGGACCUGCAUCUCCACCUGGAAGAACAUGUGCCUGUCGUUAUCGGACUCGUGCCUCAGGACUACAUUCAGUACACUGUGCCUUUGGAGGAGGGGAUGUACCCUCUGGAAGGACCGCGCGGCUAUUGUCUGGACGGCUCCUCCCCCAUGGAGGUCUCCGCGGUCCCUCCUCCGGGGGGAGGGGGCUCCUUCCCCGAAGACGAGAAUCAGGUAGACCCGGACCUCGUGGUGGCCCCAGAGAUCUUCGUGGACCAGUCGGUGAACGGCUUGCUGAUCGGCACCACGGGAGUCGUGCUGCAGAGCCCGAGGGCGAGUCCCGACGACGCCCCGCCACUUUCACCGUUGCUACCUCCCCUGCAGACGAAUCAGAUCCAAAGGAACUUCGGCGGGCUUGCCGGCUCGGACGCCCACGUGGCUGAAAGUAUGCGCUGUCACUUGAAUUUCGAUCCUAACUCUGCCCCCGGGGUUGCCAGAGUUUAUGACUCGGUGCAGAGUAGUGGUCCCAUGGUCGUGACAAGCCUUACAGAGGAGCUGAAGAAACUGGCGAAACAGGGAUGGUACUGGGGCCCCAUCACUCGCUGGGAGGCAGAAGGGAAGCUGGCCAAUGUGCCGGAUGGUUCUUUCCUUGUUCGGGACAGUUCUGACGACCGUUACCUUUUAAGCUUGAGCUUUCGCUCGCAUGGCAAGACCCUUCACACUAGAAUCGAACAUUCAAAUGGUAGGUUUAGCUUUUAUGAACAGCCGGACGUGGAAGGACACACGUCUAUCGUGGACCUGAUCGAGCACUCGGUCAGGGACUCCGAGAACGGGGCCUUCUGUUACUCCAGGUCUCGCCUGCCGGGCUCGGCCACCUACCCCGUCAGGCUGACCAACCCGGUGUCGCGCUUCAUGCAGGUGCGCUCCCUGCAGUACCUGUGCCGGUUCGUCAUCCGCCAGUACACCAGGAUAGACCUGAUUCAGAAGCUGCCGCUGCCAAACAAAAUGAAGGACUAUUUGCAGGAGAAGCACUACUGAGAGGCUGUGAGAACCCUGCGUCUUGCACUUGGGGAGGAAGAAAAAGAGAUUGAAAUACCGUUUACAGACUUUCCAUUGCUAUCAAAAUCUUUUGCUGCCAUACUGUUUCAGUUUUAUGUGUAAAAGAGUAACCAGUUCGUUUAGGGGUGGGGAAGUGUCGGCAAGGUGUCUUGGGUUUAUUUUGGUUCUUUAAAAAGGGAAGUCUUGAGGUUUUAGAAGAGUGAGCUAUCUUCCAUCAGUGUGCAGAAUAAUCACAAUGUGAAUUAUCAGAUUCUCCUUACCCACCCCGCCCCCAGUCCUUUGCUGCUAUCCACUGUGAUUUUUAUGCAUUAAAAGCACAUUUCAUGUGUAUUCAAUCCUAAGUAAAGUUAAAUGAAACUUAUAGAAUGAACAUUGUUAUGUCUCUUUCAAUGGCCCGUUUUCAAAGAUAGUGUGGAGUAAACAUAGCCGUGUGAUAAAUCACAGCAUUCACACCUACACUGAAAAUGAUUUUUAAUUUCAUACUUUAGAAAGAUUUAUUUAGAAUCAUGAACUGACAUAAUCUUGGGUAAUGGAACAGAGAUCUGCUACAUAUCUUUUACAACAUUCAUUUCUAAAUUAUUUUUAAGGUUGUGCUGUUAUUUUGGUUGUGAGAAGUUGGACUUUUCUGUUGCCUUCAUUUUCAUCUUGUGGUUUGUCUGUUUUAAUAAAUGGCCUUACAGAAUUGUAAAGAAAUGUAUACCACCAAUUUAGAAAUUGUUGCCUUUUCUGUCAUUAAACUCUGGUACAAAUUGGCGUAACAUAUAAAGACCUAAUGGAACUAGAACUAUUAAAGAAAUACUAGAUGAUCAUA